UGGGCCCUGAGGAUACGGGGCUCCCUGUGGCCAUGACGACGGGUGACUGCUGCCACCUCCCUGGCUCCCUGUGCGACUGCUCUGGCAGCCCCGCCUUCUCCAAGAUCGUGGAGGCCACAGGCCUUGGGCCACCCCAGUACGUGGCACAGGUGACUUCGAGAGAUGGCCGGCUCCUCUCGACCGUCAUUCGGGCCUUGGACACCCCUAGUGAUGGUCCCUUCUGCCGGAUCUGCCAUGAGGGAGCAAACGGGGAGAGCUUGCUGUCUCCAUGUGGCUGCACUGGCACGCUGGGCGCCGUGCACAAGAGCUGUCUGGAAAGGUGGCUUUCCUCGUCCAACACCAGCUACUGCGAGCUGUGCCACACGGAGUUUGCAGUGGAGAAGCAGCCCCGGCCCCUCACAGAGUGGCUGAAGGACCCAGGGCCGCGGACAGAGAAGCGGACACUGUGCUGCGACAUGGUGUGUUUCCUGUUUAUCACGCCACUGGCUGCCAUCUCAGGCUGGCUGUGCCUACGCGGGGCCCAGGACCACCUCCGGCUGCACAGCCGGCUGGAGGCCGUGGGGCUCAUUGCUCUCACCAUCGCCCUGUUCACCAUCUAUGUCCUCUGGACGCUGGUCUCCUUCCGCUACCAUUGCCAGCUGUACUCCGAGUGGAGAAGGACCAACCAGAAAGUGCGCCUGAAGAUCAGGGACGUGGAUGGCUCCGAAGGUCCCCAGCACUCCCCGCUGGCAGCUGGACUCCUGAAGAAGGUGGCAGAGGAGACGCCAGUAUGAAGGCCUGACUGGCGGGCCCUGCGGUGGAGAAACCAGGGGAGCUGGCCAUGCCCUGGAGUUUGGAAGGACGGAAACUUCCCGACCUUUCCUUCAUGACCAGAAUGCUUCUUAGGCCAAGAGACGCCAAGUGGAGCCUAUUCUGUGAUCCUGUGUGAAUAUAUUUUCAGGUUUUUUGCACACUGUUGUACAUGACAGGGACAGAUGGACAUGGUCCUGAGCUUCGGAUGGAGCAGGCACCCUGAUCUCAUUCUGAGAUCCAUUUGGCACCUUCUGGGCCAGCAGCUGUGACCGGUGUGUCAAGGGCACCCUCAGGGCUGGAAGGUUCCAGCAAGCUUCUUGCGCUUCUCUGCAUUUGUCAGGCUCCCUUUCCUGGCACCCUUGACUUUAUGAAGUUGCACUGCGUCUCAACAGCUCACUCCCAAAUGAAUAAAAGGAGCACCUGCUGGACAAAA